GAAAAAUUCAGAAUUUUAAUAAAAAAUGUGAAUUUUUUGAGCCUGUGGUUUUGUUCACAAACUAGUUUCACUUCUACAGUGUGGCCUAAGCCCGUACAUCAAGGAUAAACUUCGCGGGCGACGAUUUAUGUACAUCGAACCAACCAACUUCACUGCCAAAAAAAAUUCUUCAGGUGAAGCUAUCUAUAUUGGGAUCACUACUAUUGUCAUGCGUGACCUAAAGGAAUGCUUAAUAGAUCUCUUGCGAUCGAAGGGCAUAUCGAUGGCAGAGCGAAGCACAACACAAUCGACAGACAGAAUAUCACAAGCACAUCAUUUGGAUAUUGAAAUAAGUGCAGGGCGAAGUGCUGCUAAUUCAUCUUUUGCAGGAUAUGCCGUUCACAAUUCUCAAGAGCUUGCUGCGGGGCCUAUAAUCCACUUUAAUGAAAACCUUUCAAUGGCACGAAAAGCGGAUAUGACAAAUUUCCCAUUGUGCUCUUCGAGAAUUAAAGAGCUGGAAAUAAGUUUAGAGAACGAUGAAAGAGAUUUAAUAUCUGUAGAAGAUUGGAACGACUCGAUGCCGAAGAAAAAGAUUAACAAUAGUCAAGAUUGUAUAUACAAAGCGCUAACCGACCUAGAAUUAAGUAAAAAUACAUCCGAAGAUCUUAGCGACGGCGGAACUCUGCUUGAUUCUUUUUGCACUCUUUGUACGUCGUCAUUCAGUUAUGCUAAUUGCUAUCCGUACAGUGAGGAUUCCUUCUCUGGCUCAAAUUUUGACGGCAAUUCAUUCACGAAAUACAGCAGAAAGUAUACAAAAGCAUCAGAAAGACGUGAUCUCAUUUCGGUGAUCAGCAGAAGUGUUAGCAGGAACUUAGGUAACGCUGCCAGCUGCCCAAUCCAGAACGACAACCAGAUGCAUUCACACCAAUUAGACUCGCAUGACUCCACGGGAAGUAUUUCUUCCAUUGAAAGGCCUAAUGGAGGCGCAUUAGCUUUACAUUAUGCGGCAGCACGCGGCUGUUUAGACUGUGUACAAUUGCUGGUUGGAGCAUCAGCUGAUAUUUG